AUGGCCUCCAAUAAUUUCUCCGCGCAACAAGCCUCCCGUAAAUCUUCGGAGACGCCAUCUUUUGGUCAGGUUGAGGGGCGCCCAUUUCAUCGAUCACCUGCCCAACGACAAUCCGAGGGCUCUUCAUUUGGAGUCGAGUCGACUGCCAACAUUCCGAAACAAGCAAGCAUCUGGGCUCCUCUCGACAACUUCAAGACUUCAUUCUCCAAUCAACUUGGACAUCGCCUCGUUCAACUCCUCGAAAAGGGACAUCUCAAGAUCGACCCUAAUGCCAUCAUCUGGAUAGACGAAAACGGGUUGCCGACAACGGAGGGAUUCAAAUCUCGAAGCCGCAAAGACUUGGAGAAACCAAGCCCCCAUUUUUUCGCAGGAGAAAAUGCCGAUGCCGCAGGUUUCGAGAACGAAAUUCGCACGGGGCGUGCCCUUUGGCGCCAACAUGCCUCGGGAAAGGAAAACUUACAUCGGGAAUUCAAGAUCGUUUCGGCAUUGGGCAGGCCAGUAUUAGAUCGAAUAACAGCCAGCCGCGUGGAAGAAGCAAUCAACCGUGAAAAGAAUGAUUUCGAGAACCUCGAACUCUUGCAAAAGGCAUUCACAAAUAUAGAUUGCUUGUUAGAAUCGAACUUGUCGAUCCUUUGUGAAUCUAUUUACUCGCUCACGGGAGUAGAUCCCUGGGAUCCAGACAGGGACUCUGCCCUUGAUAUCCUUGACGACGAGCUGGGGAGCAACGUUUCCGAUGUCAUGGGGCUGGCUACGUUGCUGCAACUAGGCAAAGCACCUCAUUUUCGGCUUACCAAAGGGAUUGAGAGAUUGUCCAGAGUCGCAAGUGUGCUCCGCGCGGGACAAAUGGGGCCACUGAUGCGUGACCAUCUUGAGACAAGGGGAUACGCAGUGGGCAUUGAUCUCGAACCACCUUUGUCGCGAGGUCGUAAGCGUCGUCUGGAUUCGGAGUGA